AUGCGACCACUCACGGAAUCAACACUUCCGGUUCGGUGUGAUCGUUAAAUAAACCGGCUAACUCAUAAACAGUGGAGCCUUAUUUAUAAUUUUGAUGUAGUGUUGCUGGCCUUUAAGUUGCUGUCAUGAUUCCUUACACUGUGAACAUAAAGCUGGCUGCUCGGACUUUGACUGGCACGUUACAUCUGCAAAACAAAACAGCUGUCGACUGGGGAUGGCAGGGGCUGGUCGCACAGGGCUGCCACUCCAGCAUCCUCAUCAUUGACCCCAAGACAGCCCAGACCAUUCAGGUUUUGGAGAGGCACAAAGCCAGUGUUGUUAAGGUGAAAUGGUCCAGGGAGAACUACCACCACGGCUUGAGUGCGCCCUACUCUCUCCGGCUGGCCUCGGCGGAUGCAGCCGGCAAGAUCAUCGUGUGGGAUGUGGUUAGUGGGACGGCCCACUGUGAGAUCCAGGAGCACUCCAAGCCCAUCCAGGACAUGGAGUGGCUGUGGGCGCAGGAUGCAUCACGCGACCUUCUGCUGGCCGUCCACCCCCCCAACUACAUCAUCCUUUGGAACGGCGACACAGGAGCCAAGCUGUGGAAGAAGAGCUACGCAGAGAACAUCCUGUCCUUCUCCUUUGACCCGUUCGACCCCUCCAACCUUGCCUUACUGACCAGCGAAGGGAUCGUGUUCGUCACUGACUUCUCCCACUCCAAGCCUCCGGGCAGUGGAGGCAAGAAGGUCUAUAUCGCCAGCCCCCACGCCAGCCCUGCUCACAACAAGCCGGCUCCCCCAACUGGAGCCAAAAAGGCACUGAAUAAGGUCAAGGUGCUCAUCACCAAUGAGAAACCCAGCACGGAGGCGGUGACCCUCAACGACUGCUUGCAGCUGUCCUACCUGCCCGCAAAGCGGAACCACAUGGUGCUGCUGUACCCACGCGAGAUCCUCAUCCUGGACCUGGAGCUCAGCCAGACGGUGGGCGUGGUGGCCAUCGAGCGCUCUGGCGUGCCCUUCAUUCAGGUGGUGCCGUGUGCCCAGAGGGAUGCCCUCUACUGCCUGCAUGAGAACGGCUGCAUCACCCUGCGACUGUGCCGCUCCGGGGCGCCCCCUCCCGAUGAAUCGGACCCCGAGCAGGCAGUCCAGGAGCUGGUGUAUGACCUGCGCUCACAGUGUGACGCCAUCCGGGUGACCAAGACGGUGCGCCCGUACCGCGUGGUCAUCUGCCCGGUCAAUGAGAACGCCGCCGCCCUGGUGGUCAGCGACGGCAGGGUCAUGCUGUGGGAGCUCAAGGCCCACGUCUCCAGAUCCGCCAGCAGUCUGGGGUCUGGUCUGGCUCCCCUCUACUCCCCGCUGUCAUUCUGCGGCACCCCGUUGAGCUCCAACCAGAAUAUGAUCCCGGACCUGUCCCUCAACAACAUGAUAGCGGGACAGGGGACCAUCCCGGGUGCGGAGCCGGCCCAGACCCCACAGCAACAGGAGGUGCUGCUGAAGUUCCUGCUGACAGGCCUCCUCUCGGGGCUCCCCCUGCCUCCCUUCUCCCUUCGCAUGUGCCCCCCACUCACCACCAAGAACAUCAGCCACUACCAGCCCCUCCUGGCCAUAGGUACGAGCAACGGCUCAGUGCUCAUCUACAACCUGACCAGCGGCCUUCUCCACAAAGAGCUGAGCAGCCACUCCUGCGAAGUCAGGGGGAUCGAGUGGGUCAGUCUCAGCAGCUUCUUGUCCUUCGCCACCUCUGCCCCCAACAACUUGGGCCUGGUGCGCAAUGAGCUUCAGCACACGCACCUGCCCACAGGAAGGAUGUUCGCUUUCCGAGGCGAGCGGGGGAAUGAUGAGCCGCCUAUUGAGAUGAUUAAAGUGUCCCACCUGAAGCAGUACCUGGUGGUGGUGUUUAAGGAGAAGCCCCUGGAGCUGUGGGACGUGAGGACGGGCACGCUGCUGCGCGAGAUGGCCAAGAACUUCCCCACCGUCACGGCGCUGGAAUGGUCACCUUCUCACAACCUGAAAAGUCUCAAGAAGAAGCAGCUGGCAGCCCGGGAAGCCAUGGCCAGACAGACUGUGUCUGACGCGGAGCAGAGCAGCGUGGAAUCCUCAGUCAUAAGCCUGCUGCAGGACGCGGAGAGCAAGUCGGAGCUAAGCCAAGGCAUCUCCGCUCGCGAGCAUUUUGUGUUCACCGACACUGACGGUCAGGUGUACCACAUCACCGUGGAGGGGAACUCGGUGAAGGACGGCGCUCGCAUACCGCCCGACGGCAGUAUGGGUAGCAUCGCCUGCAUCGCUUGGAAGGGGGACACCCUGGUACUGGGCGACGUUGACGGGAACCUCAACUUCUGGGAUCUGAAAGCCCGUUUGUCCAGGGGGAUUCCCACGCACCGGGGCUGGGUGAAGAAGAUCCGCUUUGCCCCAGGCAAGGGCAACCAGAAGCUGCUGGUCAUGUACACAGAUGGGGCCGAGGUGUGGGACACCAAAGAGGUCCAGAUGGUCAGCAGCCUCAGGGUCGGCCGCAACGUGACCUACCGCAUCCUGGACAUCGACUGGUGUACCUCCGAUAAGGUGGUGCUGGCGUCGGACGAUGGCUGCAUCCGGGUGCUGGAGAUGGCCAUGAAGUCAGCCAGCUACCGGAUGGACGAGCAGGACCUCACAGACCCCGUGUGGUGCCCAUAUCUCCUACUCCCCCGGGCCGCCCUCACUCUGAAGGCUUUCCUCCUGCUGCAGCCCUGGUCUGGCUCCUUCACCAUGGACAUCACCCAGGUGGAUUAUACAGAAAAAGAUGAAAUUAAGGGCCUGAUCCAGGAGCAACUAAACUCCCUCUCCAAUGAUGUCAAGAGUGUUCUGCAGGCUCCUCAGCUAAAUGUCCUUCAGCGAUGCCUUCUUGUGUCGCGGUUAUUUGGGGAUGAAUCGGACCUGCAGUUCUGGACGGUGGCGGCCCACUACCUACAGACCUUCUCCCAAGAGCGCCAGGCGGGUGUUGCCUCCAGCGACGGCCAGGCUGAGAGCUCUCAGGGGGCGCCGGUGAGCCAUCUGGAGAUCUGUCAGGACACACUGUGCGAGAGUGCCUACUUCCAGAGGUUUCAGUUGGAACGAGUGCACCUCCAGGAGCUGAAGAGAUCUAGCUACGAACACACAAAGAAAUGUGCCGACCAGCUUCUCCUGCUGGGACAGACGGACCGGGCGGUGCAGCUGCUCCUGGAGACGAGUGCAGACAACCCUAGCUACUACUGCGACUCUCUGAAGGCCUGCCUGGUGACCACCAUCACCUCUUCAGGCCCUUCACAAAGCACCAUCAAACUGGUGGCCACCAACAUGAUCGCCAAUGGAAAGCUGGCAGAGGGUGUGCAACUGCUGUGCCUAAUAGACAAGGCGGCCGAUGCCUGCCGCUACUUACAGACGUAUGGGGAGUGGAAUCGUGCUGCCUGGCUGGCCAAGGUCCGCCUGAAUCCCUCCGAGGCCUCCGACGUGUUAAAACGCUGGGUGGAGCAUCUCUGCUCCCCACAGGUGAACCAGAAGUCCAAAGCCAUCCUAGUGCUCCUCUCCCUGGGCUGUUUCCACAAAGUUGGCGAGAUGCUCCACAGCAUGAGGUACUUUGACCGCGCAGCUCUGUUCAUCGAGGCCUGUUUGAAGUACGGCGUCAUGGAGGCCAACGACGUCACCAAUAAGCUGAUUGGUUCAGCUUUCGCCGACUACGCCAGGCUGCUGCGCACCUUGGGCCUAAGGGAAGGGGCUGCACUGUGGGCCUCGCGAGCUGGUGGCGCUGGCGAGGAGCUCCUGGAGGAGCUCUUCCAGCCUGGGGAUGAAGCAGAUGGGGGCCUGGAAGAAGCGGAGGGGGUUCUGGAAUCCCCCAAAUAAAAAAAAUGGUGACAAUAGACUUGCGGGGUAGAGCUUGGGUGGGCCUUUGGGUCAUUGUAGGUUCAGGUAGGGUGGUAGUAACCUGAUUGAAGAGGAUGAAUAGGAAUAUGUAUGCAGGAAGGAUUUUUUAUUUGAUUUUUUAUGAUUGCAGUCUAUUUCAACCUUACAUUCCACUCCCUUUAGUUCCCAGUUCCCUUCUCUACCUCACUUCCUGUCCUACUUCCUGUCUGUGGACCUCCCCAAAACGAACCGGCAUCAUAUUCUGCACUCACUUUUCCUUUACGUAGAAAAGUAACUGGAUAGAUCCAGGCUAAAGAUGAAGUGCAUUCCAUACCUCUGUGUGCACUGCGUCUGUAUCGGUGUUGGCUCUGCCUGAUGUUUGUUGCACUUUAAUGGGUUUAUUUUUUCCCUGAUUAUUCAAUCGGCUUGUGCCAUGCCACUGUGAGUACACUAGAGGGCACUCUUCCAGGUGUGUACACUGUGUCAUAGGCCAGUAGGCAGAGAGAGUUAUGGGAAAUGCCAACAUGCAUGCAGUCAGUCAGUCAUAUGUAAUGUUUCCAGGGAUAGUGAUAUCAAAACAGUUUUGUGCUUGAUAUGAUAGUUUAAACCUAUAAAACUCUCUCACUGCUGUAGCUCACUACUCAGUAGUAUUGCACUUAAAUUGACUAGCCAUAAAUGAUACAGAAAUUAUAGUUUAAAUUCGUUUGCCUUUCUUUCUUUGCCUUUUUAAAUCAAGGACUGAAUGUGGUAGGUUUGCUGGCGUAAAGCCAAAUAGCACAGCCCCCUGGGACGAUUACCUUAAAAGGCCCGUUUCCAAGUAAAACGGCCUCUCUAGGAUGUGUUCUCAUUGCGUGUCGUAGACUCAGGUGUGUCAGCCUUUGGUCUGACUCUUUAGGACUUUAGAGAUGGGUGUCGAAAAUCUGCUUCACUACAUCUCCACUGUAACCACAUUCCUAUUUGAAAUGGAAAUCUCUGCUCAGUAUCCCUCUGCUUAUAAUAAACAGAAAUCAAAAAAACAUUUUAUCAUCAUUAAGCAAUUCAAAAGAGGUAUUAGUACUUUGAUUUGGCCAAGCUAAUUUGAUCUGCACUUCAUCUGCUCACGUUCCCCCUCUUUCCCAUUUUUUUGUGGAUGAAUUUUAUACACAAUUGCACCCUCUAGUGAAACUCCUAACACAUUGCAGAGGCAUUGCAGACAAUCACGUUAUUAUACCCUAUAUAUUGGUUGUGUACAUUUCAUGAAUAAAAAGCAAACGUGUUACUUUAAUAGAAAAAAGAACAGUGAUUACCUUCAGAGCCACUUUGUCUGAAUAAACAACAUGUCUGAUCUUGAGAAGACAUGAAAGGCGGCUGUAGUCUGAAAUGGGCCUAAUGUUUACUUGGUUUCCCUAAUGGGUACUUGGUGUAGAGCAAGGGGAAGGUCUUUGAACUGCUCUGGACGCAAACCCUCUCUCUUUGUGACUACUUGAGUAAAAUUCAAAACCCCUCCCCACAACUCUCGCUUUCCUUGCUUUGAAUCUGUUCAAAGAUGUUUAAAAAUAAGUAUUUGAAUAAUGUAUAACUGCUUUUGCAAAUACCACAUCUUUGGAGAUUUUACCAUAGGUAUGGUCUGCCGUAACACCCCCCCCCCCCCGAGAAGGCCCAAAAAACAUGGAGCUAUUAGUGAUGAGAACAUAAAGAGCAGAAUGGAAACUGUUUUGCUGACAUCCUGCUCCUUUGGGUGGGUAACAGAUCUGAAAGAUUAGCCGCUAUUUCCUAUUUUUUUUUCUUCAUUUGCGCUGAUGCGUCUCACUGCUCCAGUUUCCGCCCAGUAUCGCACAUUAAUGAGAACAGGGCAUUUGAUAUGACCUCUGAAUGGAUAUUGGGGAGGGUGUUUCAAGUAUUUGAACCCUGCAGCACAGGGAUUAACAGAACCGUGGAGUAAAGUAUUGAAGAGUGAGUGAAGAAUCCCAAUUUGCCGAUACCCCUGCCUGCUUACUAAAGAGGGCGUUCAGCGUGGUGUGGGGCAAAUGGACACUCCGUGGUGAUUGGCCCAGGCCACAGAAGCCUCUGCCUCCUUUGGGUGACGUGAUGCUCGUGUUGGAUCAUAAGUGGCCAGUCUGAGACAUAUCUCAGCAAACUUAAUUUAUUUCUGUUUUGGCAGUAAAAUUCUGUCCAAAUUUCUCUGCUGUUUCUUCUUGUAUUUGUUUGUUUCUCACCCAAGUUGUUACUUUAAAUUCAUUUGCCAUUUUUCUUCAGCUGUUUAUUGUUUUUGGCAAUGGAAGAAAAAGCGAAAAGGCAGGCAAAUUUGAUAAUAAAAAAUUUGAUAUAUUAUGUGACCCACAGUCUUUCGAAAGGACCCACACUAGUUUAUAUUUCAGAUGACGAAUAAUUUCAAAUACCAAUGUAAUACUUCAUGUUAAGGGCCAGUUUUUGUGUUGGCUUGACAUUCUCUAGCUGAAAUUUGAAAUUACAUAUGAUUACCAAUGACUCACACUAUCAGCAAUUAGCAGAUGGAUGAAAGUUACUAUGUUCUGCUUUCAUUUAAGUUACAGUUUAUAACCUGUUACUCUCUGCAGUAUCUGUACAUUCCCCUGUGAUUUGUGCGUGCACAGUCUGGUGGUAUUAUGCAUGUCAAGGAUAUUUUGUAAAUUAGGUAUCGUAAUCUACACACUUCCCAGAUGCUGAGUACUGCUGUUUCUUGUUGACCUCCCUUAUUUCCCAAGGAUAUUCGCUUCAAAUACGUUUAUAAAUCUGUGUAAAAUCAUUGUUUGAAUAACUGCUGUUAUAUGUUUUCAUGAUUGUGAUUCAUUUUUGGAUUAAUUGAAAUACAGUAUAUGAAUGUUAUGACUCUCACUUGUUUGUUUAUUAUAUCAAAUGAAGUACUUUUGCCUGAUUUCCUUUUGAAUUUGUUCGUUGAAUUUUCACUGUAUGUCUGUGGUAGAAAACCUGUACAAAGCUUUAUGUAUAUACAUUGAGAAAUAAAAUACUUUGAAAUGGUG